UACAUGCAGAGCUUUGUGUCAAAACUGGCACAUCAUGGUGCAAAUGAGAUUUAUUUUUUUGCUCUAUUUACUACCAUUCAUAUACUGCAAAGAGCUUAGAUAUGCUCUGUUCACUUCUGGACCUACUGGAGGUUUUGACUCAUCAGGAGCUGUCCCAGCCAUUGAGUUAGCAGAGGAGCUGAUUAAUGCUGACAACUCUAUUCUACCUGGCUACAACCUCACUCACACACCUGUGGUGGACACAAUGUGUGACAGGACUGUAUCUCUGAAUGAGUACUUCGAGGCCACUUCUCUGCUGCAACCAACCAUCCUCGGUCUACUGGGCUGUGGAUGCUCUGCUGCCUCUGAGCCUGUCGCAGAGAUUAUCCAUCACAACAGCCUGUCACAGGUCUCGUAUGCUUCUUCUUCGACCAAUUUGAGCGGCAGAAAACGUUUCCCCAAUUUUUUCAAUAUCUACCCCUCAGGAUUCUCUGGGGUCCUUGUCACCCUUAUCCGAUAUUACGGCUGGAAAAGAAUUGCCAUCAUAACGGAAAAUGAGAACUUGUUUACAGAUAUCGAACAAUCGAUGAAAACUGCUCUCAUGAACUCAGACAUUGAAGUGGCAAGCAGCAUGGUCUCGAGUGAAAUUCUCUCAAAUACGCUGAAUGAUCCUGAUACCGAUUUUUUUUUUGAGGGGGAUGACUAUCGAGUGUUCUUUAUCAAUACUCACCCAGACAUUGCUCGUCAUAUCAUCUGUGAGGCACAUAUGAGGGGGUUUAAACAUCCUCGAUAUGCCUGGAUAACUUACGGAUGGUAUGAGGACAGGUGGUGGGCAGGAGAGGUGAACCCAGAAUGCCCUCAUGACAAGUUAGCUGAUUUUCUGCACAGAUCCCUCGCUGUGAUACCACUGCUUUCAUACAAUUCUGCUGAUCCACUUCGAUAUUCAAAACUGACUAUAGAUGAGUUUAGAUCCUUGUAUUGGCAACGACUCGAUAUGUCCGCUAUAAAUUACACGACGGUCUUUUUGCUACCCGGUGUGGCUUACGACGCCCUCUGGACAUUUGCUAUCGCGCUGAACAGGACUAAUGAGAUGGUUGGCAGUCUGACAAGAGAGGAGAUAUUGAACAUGACUCAGUGUGGGGGAACUGAUGAGGAGACUGGUGUAGAGUGGGAGGUGGUGUCACUGGAGAACUUCACCUACUCCAAUCAGCUCAUGGGCUGCAUCAUCAGGUGGAACCUGGAGAGAACAGACUUCGUGGGAGUGUCUGGUCGUGUUAGCUUUGAAACGACAGGAUCUCGAGCACGUUCGAGGGUGCUGAUAGUACAGUACAGACUGGAAAAUAAGGACAAUGUAACUAAGACAGCUGUGGCGUACAUUGAACCUGUGAAUGAUCUUCUCGUCUAUACGAACAACCAGGCCAAUGAGACAGUAUUUCCAAGUUCAGAGGGUGGAGUUCCACCAGACGGUACCCCAGUCACUGUGGUGAUAACUUUUCAUCUGGCAUUGGUGGUGACUUUCUAUGCACUGGCAGUUGCUUGUAUUACUUACAGCACUGUAUGCUUAGUAUUCAACUAUACACAGAGGAAGAAAAGAGUGGUUCGCUUGAACAGUCCAAACCUGAACUACUUGAUUAUCAUUGGGAGCUACAUCAUGAAUGCAGCCGUCUUCUUUCGCCUUAUGCCCAGCACAGACAUCAUCGUCAAUGCUACUCGAUGUAAUUUGGCCACUCUUCUGAACACGAUUGGCUAUUGCCUGGCAUAUAGUGCCAUUCUGGUCAAAUUGGGGAGGAUUCAUUACGUCUUAAACAAUCAAAAAACUACGAGAAAGAUUCUGAAGGACUGGCACCUUGUAAUCAUUGCGCUUGUUUUCACUGGAAUCGGAACGCUGCUAUCAGUAUUACAAGUUUCCAUUCCAAAACUGCAACCGCAGCCGUAUGAGGCACCAAAUGAAGAACCACCAAGUGCUCCGAUGAAUGAGUAUGGACUUAGAAUUAAAGAGGUGGUGUUGCUCUGCUAUGAUCCAGUGAAAACAGCUGCUAGUAUAUGGUUCAUUGUUACAUCUGGCUACUUUGUGCUGUUACAAUUCAUUGGACUCAUUCUUGCCCUUCGAUUAUACAAAGUCAAUCUGAAGGCCUUGGAAAACUCGAGAUACAUUAUUGCAGCCAUCUAUAUCUCGGCUAUAUUACUGUUGAUAAUUGUUGUAUCGGUUUUCACUCUCCAAAAUCUUCAUAACAUUAUUGAGGUCGUGUUCUCUGGAACCUUGAUGGUGUCGACCACUGUGUUUCUCACCAUGGUUUUCAUUCCAAAAAUGGUGAGUGUGUACAGAGAUCCUGAGGGAGAGCAUGUGUUUGUGGAUAGUAACAAUUUAGCUGGAAAUCUGGACACGACCACUAUGAAUACAAACGUCACUGCCGUCCAGAGCAAGGACUCGACAAAGAUCUCGCAGCUGGAAACAAAAAUUGCUACCCUUCAACGAGCAAUAAGGCGUUAUCAGAUACAAGAAGACCAGUCUUCCUCUCCAUCUAGUGGAGUGUGUGUCGAGAGCAGGAAGGGGUCUGACAUUCCUCUGAUGACUAUGUCACUGGACAGAAAAGGUCACGUCAGAGUCACCAUCGAUGAUGCAGCAGUGAGCCCUCCUAAAUAAUGUGAUGUCAGAAUCUCGGAGUAAUUAAAGUACACCCUAACCCUACCUAAUAUGAAUCAUGAGAUUUUAUAGCUAUAAUAAUAAAAUGUUUGCUUGCUGACUCAAUCAUU